GGUGCGGGGAGGCGGCCCCGGAGAAGCCCGGGCGCAGCAGCCGGCCGGCCGCGGGGCACUGCCCGCCCGAGCGCUGGAUCCACACCCAAGCCCGCUGAUCACUCUGGAGACCCAGGAUGGCUACUUUUCUCACCGACCCAAAGAAAAAGUGCGUACGGACAGCAACAAUGAGAACUCAGUGCCCAAGGAUUUUGAGAAUGUUGACAACAGCAACUUUGCACCCCGGACUCAAAAACAAAAACAUCAGCCAGAGUCAGCAAAGAAGCCGCCAAGUGGGCAGAAGCAGCGUUUGCAGAGGAAGCUAGAGCCCCAGGACAAAGGGCAGGGACAUUCUGUCCUGGGGAAGGGCCUUGGUGAGGUGCUACCUCGUGGCGAGAGGGCCACCACCAACAGCAGCCAUGGGAAGGAUGCACCCAGACUGCCCCACUCCAGGAAGAGUGGUGGCAGCUCUCCUGAGGCCAAGUAUGAGCAGCCACCCAAGUGUGACAUCUCAGGCAAGGAGGCCAUCUCCGCCCUGUCUCGCUCCAAGUCCAAGCACUGCCGCCAGGAGAUUGGGGAGACCUACUGCCGCCACAAACUGGGGCUGCUGAUGCCUGAGAAGGUGACUCGGCUUUGCCCCCUUGAGGGCAAAGCCAACAAGAAUGUCCAGUGGGAUGAAGACUCCGUGGAGUACAUGCCGGCCAACCCGGUCAGAAUCGCCUUUGUCCUGGUGGUCCACGGCCGUGCCUCUCGGCAGCUGCAGCGCAUGUUCAAGGCCAUCUACCACAAAGACCACUUCUACUAUAUCCACGUGGACAAGCGCUCUAAUUACCUGCACCGGCAAGUGCUCCAGUUCGCCAGGCAGUACAGCAAUGUCCGCGUCACCCCCUGGAGGAUGGCCACCAUCUGGGGGGGAGCCAGCCUUCUGUCCACCUACCUACAGAGCAUGCGGGACCUCCUGGAGAUGACUGACUGGCCCUGGGACUUUUUCAUCAACCUCAGUGCCGCAGACUAUCCCAUCAGGACAAAUGACCAGCUGGUGGCCUUUCUCUCCCGAUAUCGAGAUAUGAACUUCUUGAAGUCACACGGUCGGGACAAUGCAAGGUUCAUCCGGAAACAAGGCCUAGACAGGCUUUUCCUGGAGUGCGAUGCCCACAUGUGGCGUCUGGGGGACCGGCGUAUCCCUGAAGGCAUUGCUGUCGACGGUGGCUCUGAUUGGUUCCUGCUGAACCGGAAGUUUGUAGAGUAUGUGACAUUUUCCACGGAUGACCUGGUAACCAAGAUGAAACAGUUCUACGCUUACACCCUGCUUCCCGCUGAGUCAUUCUUCCACACAGUCCUGGAGAACAGCCCCCACUGUGACACCAUGGUAGACAACAACUUGCGUAUCACCAACUGGAACCGCAAGCUGGGCUGCAAGUGCCAGUACAAGCACAUUGUGGACUGGUGUGGCUGUUCUCCCAAUGACUUCAAGCCUCAGGAUUUCCACCGCUUCCAGCAGACUGCCCGGCCCACCUUCUUUGCCCGCAAGUUUGAAGCUGUGGUGAAUCAGGAGAUCAUUGGGCAAUUGGACUACUACCUGUAUGGGAACUACCCGACAGGCACCCCAGGCCUGCGCUCUUACUGGGAGAACCUGUACGAUGAGCCUGAUGGAGUCUACAGCCUGAGCGAUGUAGCACUCACCCUGUUCCACUCCUUCGCACGCCUGGGCCUAAGGAGGGCUGAGUCCUCCCUCCACACAGAGGGGAAGAACAGCUGCAGGUACUACUCAAUGGGCCACCCAGCAUCUGUCCACCUCUACUUCCUUGCUGACCGCUUCCAGGGCUUUCUGAUUAAGCAUCAUGCUACCAAUCUGGCUGUGAGCAAGCUCGAGACCCUGGAGACAUGGGUGAUGCCAAAGAAAGUCUUCAAGAUUGCAAGUCCUCCCAGUGACUUUGGGAGGCUUCAGUUUUCAGAGGUUGGCACCGACUGGGAUGCCAAGGAGCGGCUCUUCCGAAACUUUGGUGGUCUCCUGGGGCCCAUGGAUGAGCCAGUCGGAAUGCAGAAAUGGGGGAAAGGGCCCAACGUGACCGUGACUGUCAUUUGGGUGGAUCCCAUUAAUGUCAUUGCAGCCACCUAUGACAUCCUGAUUGAAUCCACUGCAGAAUUCACCCACUACAAGCCCCCUUUGAACUUACCCUUGAGACCUGGGGUCUGGACAGUGAAAAUCCUCCACCACUGGGUGCCCGUGGCUGAGACCAAGUUCCUCAUCGCACCUCUGACCUUCUCAAACAGGCAGUCCAUCAAGCCAGAGGAGGCACUGAGGCUUCACAAUGGGCCCCUCCGCAGUGCCUACAUGGAGCAGAGUUUCCAGAGCCUGAAUCCGGUCCUCAGCCUGCCCAUAAUCCCUGCCCAAGUGGAGCAGGCUCGGAGAAAUGCAGCCUCCACAGGCACAGCACUGGAGAGCUGGCUGGACUCAUUAGUGAGCAGGAUGUGGACCACGAUGGACAUCUGUGCCACAGGUCCUACCUCCUGUCCUGUCAUGCAGGCCUGCAGUCACACAGCCUGGAGCUCCUUCAGUCCUGACCCCAAGUCAGAGCUGGGGGCAGUCAAGCCUGAUGGCCGGCUCAGGUAGCAUUGGCCACGUGUGGACCACAGCACAAUCUCAACAAAAAGACUGCCAGAGGGCCCUGAGGCCUGGCUUUGCUCUCGGGUUCACCUCCUGGCUGUAGGACGGUGGAGGAGGUGAGUUUGAAGGCCAGAAUGGAUCAGCCUGCAUUUGGCAAUCUGGUUUCUGGGGUGGGGAUGGCUCAGUGCCAGCACCAUGGGUGACCCUCAACUCCUACAGGUUCCUGACUUCCCCUGCGGUGAUCUGUACCUGCCCCCCCACUCCACCCCAACACAAGAGAUUCUCCAACUUUUAUUUUCAGCAGCAGAACUUUGUUUACUCACCUUGGUGGUAGGUAGAAAUUCAAGGUACAGGUAGAAUCUAAGCUGCUGUGGCUGAAGCUGAAAAGCCCUCCUCUAAAACACCCCACUGGAGGUCCUUGUGCAGAGGGCAUCCCCUUAGGUCCCUCUCCUGAACCCAAGGGCUCUGAACAACCCAGUGUGACAACCACUGCCCAGACGGAAGGUAUGAGCUCCAGCUGCCCUUCUGCUUAUCUCUCUGCUCCAUGGCUGAGAACCCUGGCCCACUCUGAAACAGCAGAGCACAAAAGAUCACAGGCUUAGGCCUCCCCCAGGAAGGUGGCAGGUUGGGGAGGGCUCCAAGCCUCCCACCAGCCUCUCUCCUACUGAGCUUUUCUUCCUGAUAACUAGAAGAGCAAGAAAGCCAUUUGACCAAGGUGUACUUGGGCAUGUGCGGCCAGCUGUCCACGGGGCUAGGCCACCUAGCACCCAGGCUGCUACAUGUGGCAGUAAAGAUGAGGUCAUGCUCAUGUCUCCAAAUGGUUCUUGGGCUGAAAAACUGAGAAUGCCUCUUUGGUCCUUGAAAAUUGGAGUGUUGGGAGGCGUGGCCAUGAAACUAACAAGAGAUUGCUUGGAAGGAAGCUCCUGAGACAGACAGCACAGCAACACCCACCAUCUGCCAGAGCCCUUUUGUACUGAAGUCAGGCUCCAGAGCCUUCGUGGAUCGCACAUUUGAUGCUGUUGGCAGUGACCAAACCCAUGGACCACACCUCUUGCACCCAGCAGAAAACAUUUCAGAUUUGGUUCUCAAUUUCAUAUCCUUCCUUUUCUAGGUGCCAGCAGGCCCUUCAUGCAACAUAAAAACAACUGAGUUUUAAAAAUGUUCCUAAAGGUUCUUUAAAUAUUUGUUUAAAUAUUCAGAUUGCUGGAGUUGCCAGAAAACUAAAGGGUUUCCUUCCCACGUCCCCCAGAUGAGUCACCUCCUACUUGUCUGGGGCUCCUUCCUGAUAGCACCCCUUCCCUCCUGACUUCCAUAUCCCCUGAAUGACAGGGAUCCCUGGGAAAAGUCGCACCUGUCCAGACGUGAGCCAGUCCUUAGCAUUUCCCCAGUAUGGGUACAGAUUACUAUGGUCCACCUCAGUGGCCUGUCUGCUGUGCUGCCCUCUACUGCCCAGCAAGGCAAGAUGUCCCAUUGGCAAUGGAGGACACAGAAAAGGGACACUAGAUAUUUAUUUAAUAUGUUUUAGUCAAUGACUAAUUAGUAGGUGCUGUUUUUGCAGCUUGUCAUUUAUGUUAUCUUACUAACUAAAGCUGCCUUUAUUCACAAAAGGCUCCCUUCCUCCUCCCUCCCAUCCCUAGUCUGUCUGUCUGUCUGUCUCUGUCUAUCUCUAAUUCUGUCUCUGUCUCUGUAUGUCAUCCCUACAUACUCCUUGUUCUCAGAAUAAUGCAGGGGUGUUGGACACCAUGAGAAAGCUUCAGCUGGACUCUUCUACCAGCAUGAAGUAGGUGCCUUCGGGACCUCUGGAGCCUCCUUUUUCCUUAUGCAGGGUGUUAGCCCCAUCCACCCACUCAAGUGCAAGAGUGCUAGGAUUUCUACUGGCCCUGCCCCAUCCAAGCAUAGAGAUGUAAUGGCAGAAACCUUGGGAUGGGGCGGUCUUCUGACUGCAGAGAGCUGCAUGGAACUGCUUGGUCCACAUGAGACUCCCAUAGCCAUCCUGACCAUGAGUCUUAACAUGACAGUGACAAGAGGGAAUCAGGCUCCUUCCAAGGGGGAAGAGGGUCAUGGGACCCAGCCAGGAAAGCCUAGGAGACAGCUAUUAUCCACAGUGAAUUCCAGGACCUCAGAGCAGCUUUCUCAGUAAGUCUACAGGGUCUCUAACUGAUUUUACAAACUAUGAGACCACCAGUCCAGGGCCAUAUCUUCUUUUGGCACCCAGCCUCUGCCUCUGGUCAGGGUUUCUUCGAGGCCACUGAGGCCUGGGAAACUUCCCUCCCACUUCUUUGCCCAGCUUUUGGGUCUCUGUUUCUAGUGUUAUGAUCAGUGACUUCAGGAGCCUGGCCUUGGUAGGUGCCUGCAUACAGUGGGAACUGCAGACUCCAAGCCAAGGCCCCUCCUCACCCACUGACAUUUCUGACUUCUGCUUUUCAUCCUAGAACAAGCGGAGGAAUUACACAUGUGACUUACUAUGGGGACCACCCUCCUCACCCAAGGCUUCCCUCCUCACUGCUGGCUGUGGCUACUGGGAAUGCUGGGAGCUGGGGAGUCACAUUAGUAUUCCAUUGUCUUCUCUGUUUGUUGACCAGAGAAAAACUUUGCAGAUGUUGCAUUUGAUAAGAGAAGAGAAUUCCAAACAACACCGAGGAUGACUUGGGAAAAAUCAAUGUUUCUCAGAAAAAACAGUGUUAAUGUUUUUAUUUUUGAUGUCUGCCUGAUAAGAACUUAUUAGUUGGAGCCCAUUUGUCAGGCAUCCUUGAGCCAUAGAUGCUUGGGAAUCCCUGGGAGCCAUCCUCUUGGGGAAGCCUAUCACUGCCUGUAGAGGCUCAAGUGAUGGGUGGCCACUGACCAGAUCCCUAGAGUCUCUGGAAAGCUAAGAUGGAAGACUUGGGUGUCAUCUUGCAGAGGAAAGGAGAUAUCCCUAGAUGCUGGUUAUCUGUGUUUUUCCUUCAACCAGUGAAUGACAUUCAGGAAGGAAUCUCAGAAGGUAGACAGCAUUUCCAAAUCUCACUUCCCAAGUCAUGUGCCAAGCAGUAUAUCCCCAGAGAGGAAGCAAGCAAUCUCACAUGGCCUCUUUGCUUUAAGAAGUAUACUCUUUCCUGCUAUGGAAAAAGCCUUUCUGAAAGGAUCAAGAGUCCUUCUGGCAUUAUUUAGCAUUGUUGGUUUAACUUUGAAACUUCAUAUAGAGUUUGGAAAGAAUAAGACCACACAACCCAUACCCCAGUGGGUUGAUUUAUCACUAUUCUAGAAACAGGCCAGGAUAUACGAAGACCCUUCUCCCUUAUCCUUAGUUUGCAGAUAUAUGAGGAAGACAUUGGCUAGAACUGAUCUCUGCCAAGAAGGUACAGAAUAGACAAGAGCAGUAACUUUCAGGUGUUGGGCAUGAGGAAGGUUGCCUUUUACAAGCAAGUUCACUGACAGUUUGGGGCACUAAUUCUCCAGCAGCAUUUCAAAGGUGGGAAGUGCACUAGAAACCGCUACUGGCAUGCUAAGUUUUGAGCAUGCAAAGAAGGUUUUCCAGACCAAAGGACCACUCAGUAACAGGAGUCAUGAGUGCUUACUGAGGUGCAGGACCUAAACAAAUGGCUGAAGUGAUUGGUGCAAGGCAAAGGGAGUGGUGCAGAUUGUGGUCCCACUGACACGUGUGGGAUCCAAUGGGAAAGAGCAGCUGGUGCUCAGUUUCAGCCUGUCACUGCAUGUACGGACACAAGCCUAUUGUAAUUGCAUCUUCCAGUUUGGUAAGUGAAGCAGAAACCUAUGUUUACAAAAAAUAGGACCUUUCAAUGGUCGCAAUUUUUUUAACAGUGUGAGAAAAGGAUCCCAUAGUUCCAUUUAUGCAUGCCCUGCAAACUAUGCUCUCUGGAGAGAUGGCUUCGAAUGGGGUGAGGUCUUGCCCAGUGGAACAGAGGGAAGGAGGCAACACAAGUAAAAGCAAAAGGCUGAUUCUUGAAUUUUUUAAAGAACAGGAAUUUGUGACAAAUCAUUCCCCUCCCAAGAGCCAUCCCACCCAGGAGGACUGUUCUGUUGGCUCUCAUGGGCCCAAGACAGUGUGUGCUGAAAGGCAACAUAAAUGCAGUCUGGAGGUCUGGGGUGUCAUCCCUCAGACAUCCAGAGGUCUUUAUGUACCUGGGUUCUCACCUCCGGAACUCCUACAUGCCAGGCAGAAAUGACAAGGACAGGGUUCCAGAUAAGGGAAUACUGAGUGAAACAGCUAGACUCCACACAUCUCGUCUUGGCAAUCAUUCUGCCACUGGAAGCUUCUUCCAAAACCAAGCAGAGCUAUGUUUGUUCACAGGAUGUUCUCUUUGCUUAUGCCUCAGUUACCUAACUUUGCCCAUAGGUCAACCACAGGCGCUACCUCAUUGUGUCCUGCUGAGAAGUUUACCUGGGGGGAGUGAAGGUGUCUAUGCCUGCUGGAGCUCAAUGUACAAUCUAUGCAAACUCUCUCUCUCUCUCUCUCUCUCUCUCUCUCUCUCUCUCUCUC